GGAGUGAAAGCGGAUUGAAGCUGAACGUUCGCCCAGCUGUAAGAAUAACGCCGUUCACUCUCUCCAUAUACGUGGACUUCCACCACCAUGGGGACUUAACCGAGGAUAGCACCGAGGAUAGUGGAAUUGAUCCCGUCCUGACCCGAUUAGCAUCCGUUUCUUUCGCUGGUUGGCUGCCUUACCUUAAUUUUGUCCAGGAGCUGUCAAGCGUGAAAAGCGAUGUCGGAAAAGAUGUCCAGUUUCCUCCAUAUAGGGGACAUUUGUUCCCUCUAUGCAGAGGGCUCCACCAGUGGAUUUAUCAGCACCUUAGGGCUUGUGGAUGACCGCUGCGUGGUUCAACCUGACACAGGGGACCUCAACAACCCACCCAAGAAAUUCAGAGAUUGCCUUUUCAAACUGUGUCCCAUGAACAGAUACUCAGCACAGAAACAAUUCUGGAAGGCAGCAAAACCUGGAGGCAACACCACCACUGACACUGUUCUCCUCAACAAACUCCAUCAUGCGGCCGACUUGGAAAAGAAGCAGAACGAGUCUGAGAAUCGCAAGUUGCUUGGAUCGGUCAUCCAAUAUGGCAAUGUCAUUCAGCUGCUGCAUUUGAAGAGCAAUAAGUACCUGACAGUGAACAAGCGUCUACCUGCACUCCUGGAAAAGAAUGCCAUGAGGGUGACACUGGACUCUGCAGGAAAUGAGGGGUCCUGGUUCUACAUCCAGCCUUUCUACAAAUUGCGGUCCCUGGGAGACAGUGUGGUGAUUGGAGAUAAAGUUGUCCUUAACCCUGUGAAUGCUGGACAGCCUCUACAUGCCAGCAGUCACCAGCUAGUCGACAAUCCAGGAUGCAAUGAGGUUAAUUCUGUAAAUUGCAACACAAGUUGGAAAGUUGUUUUAUUCAUGAAAUGGAGUGACAACAAGGAAACAAUCCUCAAAGGGGGAGAUGUUGUUCGGUUGUUCCAUGCAGAGCAGGAAAAGUUCCUCACGUGUGAUGACCACAGAAAGAAGCAAUAUGUGUUCCUGAGAACAACAGGCCGCCAAUCUGCCACAUCCGCCACCAGCAGCAAGGCACUAUGGGAAGUAGAGGUGGUCCAUCAUGACCCAUGUCGCGGAGGUGCAGGCUACUGGAACAGCCUGUUCAGGUUUAAACAUUUGGCAACUGGUUGCUACUUGGCUGCAGAGGUGGGUGAGGUGAACCCUGAUUUUGAGGAAGAGAGUGUUGAGCAGCGAUCCGCAGUGGUGGACUUCACACCCUUUAAUUUCCAGCUGGAUGCAGAUAAUGAAGCUUUACGUGGCCGUCUACGGGCCCCCCAAGAGAAAAUCAUGUACACUCUUGUCCCGGUCCCAGAUGGCAUGGACAUCUCCUCCAUCUUUGAAUUAGACCCCACCACUUUGAGAGGUGGAGACUCGAUGGUGCCCAGGAGUUCUUAUGUGCGGCUAAAACACUUGUGUACCAACACAUGGGUUCACAGCACAAACCUUCCCAUUGACAAAGAGGAGGAGAAGCCUGUUAUGUUAAGAAUUGGAACUUCAGCAGUGAAAGAAGACAAGGAGGCUUUUGCCAUUGUACCAGUGCCACCAGCAGAAGUGCGGGAUUUAGACUUUGCCAAUGAUGCAAGUAAAGUGUUGGCGUCAAUUGCAGGCAAACUGGAAAAGGGUACCAUUACACAGAAUGAAAGGAGGUUCGUGACCAAGCUUCUAGAAGAUCUAGUCUUCUUUGUUGUGGACGUCCCAAACAGCGGACAGGAUGUUUUGGAAAUCAUGGUGAACAAACCUAACAGAGAGAGACAGAAACUCAUGAGAGAGCAGAAUAUCCUAAAGCAGAUCUUCAAACUUCUCCAAGCCCCUUUCACAGACAGUGGUGAUGGUCCCAUGCUGCGCCUAGAGGAGCUAGGUGACCAACGACAUGCUCCUUUUCGACACAUUUGUAGGCUUUGUUACAGAGUAUUACGCCACUCUCAGCAGGACUACAGAAAGAACCAGGAAUAUAUUGCCAAGCAAUUUCGCUUCAUGCAGAAACAGAUAGGCUAUGAUGUGCUUGCAGAAGACACAAUAACUGCUCUACUCCACAACAACAGGAAGUUGUUAGAGAAGCAUAUCACUGCUGCAGAGAUAGACACAUUUGUCACUCUUGUGAGGAAGAAUCGGGAGCCAAGGUUUUUGGACUACCUGUCGGAUCUUUGUGUGUCCAUGAACAAAUCCAUACCUGUGACGCAGGAGCUCAUCUGUAAUGCAGUGCUUGAUCCAACCAAUGCUGACAUCCUCAUCGAAACUCGAUUAGUCUUAUCAAGGUUUGAGUUUGAAGUAUCAACAAAUGGUGAGAAUCCUGUUGAGGCUGAGGAUGAAGAGGAGGUGUGGCUGUUCUGGAAGGACAAUUUCAAGGAUAUACGAAGUAAGAGCGUACGAGAGUUGGCCCAAGAUGCAAAGGAGGGUCAGAAGGAAGACCAUGAGGUGGUCAGUAACUACAGGUGUCAACUCAACCUUUUUGCCCGGAUGUGUUUGGACCGUCAGUACUUGGCAAUCAAUAAGAUCUCUGGCCAGCUGGACGUGGAUUUGAUCCUUCGCUGUAUGUCUGAUGAGGACCUGCCCUAUGACUUGCGGGCCUCCUUCUGUCGCCUCAUGCUGCACAUGCAUGUGGACCGUGAUCCCCAGGAGCAAGUCACACCUGUCAAAUAUGCCCGUCUUUGGUCUGAGAUCCCCUCUCAAAUUACAAUUGAAGACUAUGAUAAUGAUGGAACCAGCAGAGACGAGAUCAAGGAGCGAUUUUGCCUCACUAUGGAUUUUGUAGAGAACUACCUGAGAGAGGUGGUGUCACAAAAUGUUCCCUUCUCUGACAAAGAGAAAAACAAGCUGACCUUUGAGGUAGUGAAUCUGGCAAGGAACCUCAUCUACUUUGGGUUCUACAACUUCAGUGACUUGUUAAGGCUGACAAAGAUACUGCUGAAUAUUUUAGACUGUGUCCAUGUCAGCACCGUAUACCCCAUCAACAAGCUUGAGAAGGAAGAGCAAAGCAAAGCUGGCAGUCAUGUGAUGAAGUCCAUUCAUGGAGUCGGGGAGCUAAUGACCCAGGUAGUGCUGCGAGGUGGCGGUCUGCUGCACACCACACCAACUCAUCAGCCAGAGGGCGAUGUAGUUAAAGCCCAGGCUGAACCAGAGAGAGAAGACAUCAUGGUCAUGGACACCAAGCUUAAGAUCAUUGAAAUUCUACAGUUUAUCCUAAAUGUGCGGCUAGACUACAGGAUUUCCUGCCUACUUUGUAUUUUCAAACGAGAGUUUGACGAAAACAACCCGCAAUCAGAAAAUGCUGCCAGCCAGAAUGGAACUAAUAAUGUCAUCAGUCAGAUGCCAGGAAAUCUUGACUUUGAAAAUAUUGAGGAGCAGGCAGAAGGAAUAUUUGGAGGAAGUGAAGAGAACACUCCACUUGACUUGGAUGACCACGGUGGACGUACCUUCCUAAGAGUGCUGCUACACCUUACCAUGCAUGACUACCCUCCACUCGUGUCCGGAGCACUUCACCUGCUCUUCCGACACUUCAGUCAGAGGCAGGAAGUUCUUAUGGCUUUCAAACAGGUCCAGCUACUUGUGACCAGGCAAGAUGUCGAUAACUACAAGCAGAUCAAAGCAGACCUUGACCAAUUGCGGUCCAUUGUGGAGAAGUCCGAAUUGUGGGUUUACAAAAGACAGGGAGAAGAUGCGAUGGACGGAGAUGGCCCCUCAGAGUCAGAUAACAAACAUAAGGGGGAUUCACUUGGUUCUGACAAGAACAGCACAGAAAGCACCAGCAACUAUAAUUACAGGGUUGUAAAAGAGAUUCUGCUGCGUCUCAGUAUGCUUUGCAUCCAGGAGGGGAGCUCGGGAAAGAAGAGUAAGAAGCAGCAGCAGAGGCUGUUGAGAAACAUGGGUGCACACUGUGUAGUGCUAGAGCUUCUACAGAUCCCUUAUGAAAAGGGUGAGGAUGUUCGAAUGCAAGAAAUCAUGAAACUGGCUCACGAGUUUCUUCAGAAUUUCUGUGCAGGCAACCAACAAAACCAAGUCCUUCUUCACAAGCAUAUAAACCUCUUUCUUAACCCAGGGAUUCUAGAGGCCAUUACCAUGCAGCACAUUUUCAUGAAUAACUUCCAACUCUGUAGUGAGAUCAGCGAGCGUGUGGUUCAACACUUUGUCCACUGUGCUGAGACACACGGUCGACAUGUCCAGUACCUAAAGUUUCUUCAAACCAUUGUGAAGGCUGAGAAUAAAUUCAUCAAAAAGUGUCAGGACAUUGUCAUGGCUGAGCUUGUGAACUCAGGAGAGGACGUCCUUGUCUUCUACAACGACCGUGCAUCCUUCCAAACGUUAAUUCAAAUGAUGCGCUCAGAACGGGACCGUAUGGAUGAAAACAGCCCUUUAAUGUACCACAUCCAUCUGGUUGAAUUGUUAGCUGUCUGCACUGAGGGCAAAAAUGUCUACACUGAGAUUAAAUGUAACUCCCUGUUGCCCCUGGAUGACAUUGUGCGGGUCGUCACACAUGAAGACUGCAUUCCUGAGAUAAAGAUUGCCUAUAUCAACUUCCUGAACCACUGCUAUGUCGAUACUGAAGUGGAAAUGAAGGAGAUUUAUACAUCCAACCACAUGUGGAAGCUUUUUGAAAACUUCCUGGUGGACAUUUGUCGGGUGUGCAACAACACCAGUGACAGGAAGCAUGCAGAUACCAUGCUGGAGCGUUAUGUAACUGAGACAGUCAUGAGCAUCGUCACAUGUUUCUUCAGCUCUCCUUUUUCUGAUCAGAGCACAAGCUUGCAGAUGGCUCGCAAUAUGUAUGCCGCCAUUCUGGGAAAGAUAACUGAGACUCGACAACCUGUUUUUGUACAGCUAUUGCAGGGGGUUUUCAGAGUAUACCACUGUAACUGGCUUAAUACUGUACAGAAAGCUUCAGUGGAGGCUUGCAUUAAAGUACUCUCAGACGUCGCUAAGAGUAGAGCCAUUGCCAUCCCAGUGGAUCUGGACAGUCAAGUGAACAACUUAUUCGUCAAGUCCAAUCAUGUUGUACAGAAGAGCCUCCUCAACUGGAAAUUGUCAGCGAAGAACACUUCCAGACGAGACUCUGGAAUUCCGACCUCCAAAGACUAUAGAAACAUCAUUGAAAGGCUCCAGGACAUAGUGUCAGCUCUGGAAGACCGUCUACGGCCGCUGGUCCAAGCUGAGCUCUCGGUGCUUGUUGAUGUCCUGCAUCGUCCUGAGUUGCUCUUCCCUGAGAACACACAAGCUCGCAAGAAAUGUGAAAGUGGAGGAUUCAUAUCCAAACUAAUUAAACACACCAAGCAGUUGCUGGAGGAGAAUGAGGAGCGUCUGUGCAUCAAAGUACUGCAGACUCUCAGGGAGAUGAUGACGAAAGACCGUGGCCACAGGGAGAAGCUGAUUGCCUUUGAUGAUGAAAUGGAUGUGGCUGAGGUUAUUUUUAUUUUAACUAAUGCACGCAUCACUCCCACUCCCACUUACAAUCUGGCACCUCCACCUGAACCUGAAGUCCCUGCUGAGGACCUUGACCCCAACCAGCCUCAGAAGCAACAGGAGGAUCAGAGAAGGGGAGAAGCUUUGCGGCAGAUCUUGGUCAACCGGUACUAUGGGAAUGUAAAAUCUGGACAGAGGCGAGAUAGUCACACGCCGUUUAGCAAUGCUCCACUUUCUACUGGCGCACAGGGGAAACCUCUUACAGUUGUCAGCCCUGGGAUUGGAGGGCGCGGCGAACUGAGUUUAGCAGAGGUCCAGUGUCACCUGGAUAAAGAGGGAGCUUCUGAUCUGGUUAUUGACCUCAUCAUGAAUGCUACCAGCGAUCGCAUCUUCCAAGAAAGCAUACUGCUAGCCAUUGCCCUACUGGAGGGUGGAAACACGGUCAUCCAGCGCUCAUUCUACCAGCGUUUGACGGGGGAUAACAAGUCAGAGAAAUUCUUCAAGGUGUUUAAUGAGCGCAUGAAGCUGGCCCAGCAGGAAAUCAAGGCCACUGUGACCGUGAACACCAGUGACCUGGGCAACAAGAAGAAAGAUGAAGAACCGCUAGAAAAAGACACACCAGCACGCAAUAAAGUCAAGGACGUGCCAGUGGUAGCUGUUGUUACCGAGGAGGUGAAGGAGCAGCUCGUGGAAGCCUCAGCUGUCACCAAGAAGGCCUUCACAACAUAUCGCCGUGAAGUUGAAGCUGAAGAGCACCAAGCAGCUGCUGAUGGCUCCUCCGUGGCAAAUGCUGACAAGGGCCAGGAGGAUGGCGAGAUGAGUGUUAUCAUCACCAUCAUGCAGCCCAUCUUGCGCCUCAUGCAGCUCCUGUGUGAGAACCACAACAGAGAUCUGCAGAACUUUCUACGCAAUCAGAAUAACAAGAACAACUAUAACCUGGUUUGCGAGACACUUCAAUUCCUGGACUGUAUUUGCGGCAGCACCACUGGAGGUCUGGGGCUGCUUGGACUGUACAUCAAUGAGAAGAAUGUGGGCCUCAUCAACCAGACUGUGGAAAGCCUCACUGAAUACUGCCAAGGUCCCUGUCAUGAGAACCAGAACUGCAUUGCCACGCAUGAAUGCAAUGGUAUUGACAUUAUUAUAGCGCUUAUCCUCAAUGACAUCAAUCCCCUUGGCAAGAAGAGAAUGGACUUGGUGUUGGAACUAAAGAACAAUGCCUCCAAGCUUCUUCUUGCCAUUAUGGAGAGUCGCCAUGACAGCGAGAAUGCCGAAAGGAUACUGUACAACAUGAGGCCUAAAGAGCUUGUUGAAGUGAUAAAAAAGGCAUACAUGCAGGGCGAGAUUGAGGUGGAAGAGCCUCAGGAGGGUGAUGACAGAGAAGAGGAACAUUCUGCAUCUCCACGAAAUGUUGGCCACAAUAUCUAUAUCUUGGCACAUCAAUUGGCCCGACACAACAAGGAACUGCAAGCCAUGUUGAAACCAGGGGGCACGUAUGGAGAGGGUGACGAGGCUCUGGAGUUCUAUGCUAAACACACAGCUCAGAUUGAGAUUGUCCGAUUGGAUCGAACCAUGGAGCAAAUCGUUUUUCCUGUGCCCAACAUCUGCGAGUUCCUCACUCAAGAGUCCAAGCUACGUGUGUACUAUACCACAGAGCGCGAUGAGCAAGGCAGCAAGAUAAAUGACUUCUUCCUGCGCUCCGAGGACCUUUUUAAUGAGAUGAACUGGCAGAAGAAGCUGCGAGGUACUCAAGAGGCGACUGGUAACACAAACACCGUUCCAUCCCAGCCCGUCCUCUACUGGUGCUCCAGGAAUAUGUCUUUCUGGAGCAGCAUCUCCUUCAACCUGGCUGUUCUCAUGAACCUGCUGGUCGCCUUCUUCUACCCUCUGGAGGGCUUUCGUGAAGGAACCCUGGAACCUCAUCUGUCUGCGUUGCUGUGGCUCGCCAUGCUGGUUUCUCUGGCUAUUGUCAUCGUUUUGCCUCAACCUCACGGUAUCCGGGCGCUCAUUGCCUCUACUAUCUUGCGGCUCAUCUUCUCUGUGGGCCUUGAGCCCACAUUACUUCUACUGGGUGGCUUUAAUUUAUGUAAUAAAGUCAUCUUCCUGAUGAGUUUUGUUGGCAAUCGUGGAACAUUCACCCGAGGCUACGGAGCCAUGAUCAUGGAUGUGGAGUUCCUGUACCACCUACUGUACCUGAUUAUCUGCACCCUGGGGGUCUUCGUCCAUGUCUUCUUUUAUAGCCUUCUACUCUUCGAUCUGAUUUAUCGAGAAGAGACCUUGCUGAAUGUUAUAAAGAGCGUGACUCGCAAUGGCCGCUCCAUUGUUCUAACAGCAGUACUGGCGCUUAUACUUGUCUACCUCUUCUCUAUUGUGGGGUACAUCUUCUUCAAAGACGAUUUCAUUUUGGCUGUCGACAGGAUACCCAACAAAUCCCUGGAUCUUGGAGCCAGUAUUAUGAGACACUUCUUCUCGGGUGGAGUGUGUCAAAAAGAAAAUGGAGAGAACUGUUCGGCAGAAGCUCCUUCUCUUGCCAUCCAGCCAUCUGCAAUGGUGAUAGAGGACAAAGAACGAACGUGUGAUUCCUUACUCAUGUGCAUUGUCACAGUAUUGAGCCAUGGCCUGAGGAGUGGAGGAGGUGUUGGGGAUGUACUGCGGAAGCCAUCCAAAGAGGAGCCGCUCUUUGCAGCCAGGGUGAUCUAUGAUCUGCUGUUCUUCUUCAUGGUUAUCAUCAUCGUUCUCAACCUCAUCUUUGGUGUCAUUAUUGAUACAUUUGCUGACCUGAGGAGUGAGAAGCAAAAGAAAGAGGAAAUCCUGAAGACAACAUGUUUUAUUUGUGGUCUAGAGAGAGACAAAUUUGACAAUAAGACUGUUACCUUUGAAGAGCACAUCAAAGUUGAACACAACAUGUGGCACUACCUAUUCUUCAUCGUCCUGGUGAAGGUUAAAGAUUCAACUGAGUACACUGGCCCUGAGAGCUACGUGGCUGAAAUGAUCAGGGAGCACAACCUGGACUGGUUUCCCCGGAUGAGGGCCAUGUCAUUGGUCAGCAGUGAUGCAGAUGGGGAGCAGAAUGAAAUCCGAAGCCUCCAGGAAAAGCUCGAGUCCACCAUGAAACUUGUGUCCAACCUCUCUGGCCAGCUGACCGAGCUCAAGGAACAGAUGACCGAACAGAGGAAGCAAAAGCAGCGGAUUGGCCUGCUGGGACACCCACAGCACAUGAACGUAAACCCCCAGCAGCCUGCGUAGGCUCACCGGACGGAGCCUCAAGCGCCUCAGCAUGAGCCUUAUUGUCUGGACAGAGCAGUUCUUACUUCGAGGUUGCACGUGACCAGUGUGAGUACACUUACUUAGAAGGAAGCUGUAAUAUAGUUGUAGUCAUAAUAUGGUGUGUAGGUCUACUGUGUACAGAUCUCACUCAGAACAUUGACACUCACCCAACCUGUUCUUUCUUGUCCAAAAAGAAGUUUGUGCCAAAUGUUUUCAUGUAAUAUUACGCUGGGUUUAUUUAUGUGUGUCAUUUACUGGUUGCACUUGCUCAUUGGAGAGGAUGAUGAAUUUGUCCAGUUUCAUCACCCUCCAUUUUAAAUUACGUAUCUAUUUUAGACUGAACAAGCAGUAUUAUUUGUUGUGGUAUUUUGUGCAAUAUAUAAACUUAAAUAUGCAAUCGCAUGUGGAUUUGAGUUCCAUAAAACAUCUUAUUUCCCAGUGUUAACCUAUUUAAGUCUUACUGGAUAAAAUAGGGACUUGAUUUUGAUUUUACCCGCACAAUUGUUGAGAUUACUGUAUACUUAAUAAGCUGACCUCCUCAAGUUUUCUUUUUGUAUUAUUACUUUAAAUUAAGUGCACUGCACUCAAUAAGAAUGUGUUGCAUAAACAUGCUAUAUUGUAUGUAAUAUAGUUUUCCUUCACCUGUGUAAAUGCAAGUGUCAUUCUCAGUAAUAACUAUCUAUUGUUAUUUCUCUCAGUACAGACUAUAUACACUGAAUGAUCAGUCAAGUAUACCUGUGUUGUAUAAUUUAUUAAGAGUCACUCACCCUCUUAUGGUUUACGGAAAGUUUGUGUCAUUCUUAUCGAAACAAUUAUAAAUCAUGAUUUCUUCUCUGUUGCUGCAAACACGCUCGCUUUGUGACUGUUCUUGUUCUCAAUUAAUUUUCACAUCCAGCUCACACGUGACCCUAGUAGGGAUAAGCGACACAGAAAAUGGAUGGAUGGAUGCUAUCGUAUGUCUUCAUACCAUUGUUGCAUUUUUUACUGUAUGUAUGUGUAAAGUGUAUUGGUUGCCUUUGCAUUUGUAUAGACAAGAAUAAUUGUUACUUUAUAGGAUUGUUAGAAAUAAUUUUUAAAAAAUCAAGGUCCUGUCAAUUUGUAUAUUACAGUAGAAUUAUUUAUUAAAAUGAAUCUAAUUAUCUUCUA